AUGUUAGGGCUGGUCUGCAGUUACCACACACUUUCUUUACCUUCCGUUUUUAAGUGUGAUGAGCAGACCAACGGUCAAACCACGCCAAGUCCUCUUAACCAGACAAAAAUAUCGUUGCAAUGUAAUGAUCAUCGUCACAAGGAGAAAUCACACCAAACUAUAGCUUUUAUCUCUGUUUGUGCCAUUGUCAUGGUGCUUAGUAUAGGGGAAGUCCUGCACUUGUGCUAUAACAGGAAAAACUUUCUGUACGCGCUCAUUGGAGACACUGGUGAUGACAUGUUACUGCCAGGUAAGUAAAUAUUUAAAAGUUUAACUGCUUGCAAAUUACCAUAGCCAAAACACUGGUGCAGAAAUGUUAUUGAGGGCUACAGUUAUUUAAUGGCUAAACGAAAGAAAGAGAUUUGACGUGAACAUAGAGAAGACAACCCACAAAAAUUUAUAGGGGGGAGGGAGAAGAGGUGGUGUUUGUUAGUCUAUUACACUUCAUAAUUCCAAACAACCUAUUUGGGAGAGAGUCUUAUUGGUACUGUUUGGUUCACAUGGUCAAAUUCGUAAUAUGGGAGGAAAUUUAGAAGCAGUUGCGUUCACUCAUGGAAAUAAAGUGAAGCUUUAUGCGCUCGCCAAACAACUGCAGUGCCGCCAUUUGACCUUUUCACGAACUGCAACGUUAAAAACCCGACUCUGCAUCCUGCUGGACGCGACCACCCAGUCUAAGGCCUGGAAUGAGAAAUGCGGGCUCUAAUCUUUUUGUUGUUAAGAGGGUCACAAGUAUACACCACAGAACUUAAAUUGUAUCUGUAAUACUCGUUUGACUCUCCCCUAACUUUCCGUAUGCAACAAUCGCCAUCAGUUUGCUCAUUCGUGGGUGACAUCUUUUUGAGAUCUCGUGGGUAUUGGUGGUCACUUAAUUUUGGGACGAAUACGAAUCAACCACUGGGUCGGGUACGAACGACUCAAACUGGGUAUAAAUCGACUGCGUGCGAAACGUACACGAAAAUGACAGCCUAGAGAACGAGUCUUUAAGAUCAUCUAUGUAUGCUUAUAUGAGACCAAAACUACUCAAAACGUACAUUUCGAGGUUAUCAUGUUUUUGAUCUGACAUGUUAAGACCCGUUGCAUUCAUAUUACGUCUUGAAAUGAUUAAAUUGACAUGUAUUCGUGCUUUAGCUAGUUACAAUAGAUAUUUCACAUUUAUCAGAGACAAAGUUUAAGAGAAGCAUCGUUUUGAACAGGUUUACCUGAGAAACCAACCAUCACAAAUAGAGAAACAGAAGUUGACGAGGACUUCAUUAUUAUGUUGUUGGCUCCUAAAUACAGGAGUAACACUGCUUUUCAUGAGGCGAAUAAUUGUGAAACUUUGUAAAAACAGGUUAAUACUUACGCUGCAGCUCUCAUAUGAGGAAAAAUAAUUAUUUGCCCAAUAUUUUUUCACUAUCGUCAUCUUUGAUUUGCUCGUAAAUUACAUUGAUAAGACUUGUUAUUGAUUUUAAUGCUUGAAAGAGGAGUUCAUCAAUGUUUUAUUAACCUUUCGCAUUAUACCAAUAUGUUUAAUUCUAUUGAAUUGGUAUUGAUUUCCAGUCAGCCAUUUGGUAAUGUAUGCCUCUGAAAACAAACAAUUCAAUGAUCAUUGUAUUCGUGUCUGCAUAUUUUAAUCCACAUAUUGCACCCAAAUUUGCUGAAUUCUACUCUUCCUUCUUAUUUCUGUUCCAAUCAUUAUACUCUUGUUGUUGACGCUGCGGUUCUUUCCCUGAAUAACUGAUUUUAUAACAGAGAGGUUAGUUAAUAACUUGCAGAUCAAGAAACAUUCUCCCUCCUAACGUUUUUGGAUUCUUUGCCACUGUGUACCAUUCUUCCUGUGCAACUUGAGAUCUGAAUUAAAUUUACCUUUUGGAUGACUUUGCUGUUGCGGGCGCUCUACAGGCAAGUGUAGGGAGGGGAUUCAGAAAUUUGUGAUUGAGGAAGAGGGGGUGUCAAAAAUUACUUCUCGAUCUACCUCUCCCAUGCCCUGCCUCCCAUCCAAUCGAGAUUACUCAGGGAAUUAGGAUGCACAACUGCUUUUUAGCUCGACUUUCGUCCCAAACUAGAUAAGACCGGAAACGAUUGUCACAACAAUCGUCGUGUUUUGACACAAGAUAAAGUAAAUCUUUCUCUAAGAGCCAUGGACUGUUCUGAUUCCAACAAAAAGGAACUGAAAUGACAUCGUAAGGAUAAGAAAGGUUUUUCUUUUCUAGUAUCUUCAUCUACUUGUGGAUUAUCCCUAAAGUUAAGUAAACUUAGACUUUGAGCAAAAGAAAAACAGUGUACAAAACAGAACUUUACGGAUUUUAAAGUAUUCAGAUGCAGAGAUCUUACUUUAAACUCCGCAUUCCAAAUCUUUGAACUCGCAAUCAUACCGGAACGCCGUUUUAGUUCAAACCUAGCCCUAGGUUUGCUCGGUGAAGAAAAUUAAUUGACUCAUUCUUAAACCAAGGCGAUCUUACGUAGUUGAGUCCUUCGCACCUCAUAUAGUUUUAUUAUUAUCGCUUCAAUUCGAGAAAAAUUCAAGUUAUGAAAAUUGUGUUUUAGGAAGCAGACGGAAAUUUCUAUUUUGUAAUUAGUCACUAGAGGUUUUCAGUGUUAACGUUGGAGUAUUGGAGAUUUUAUCAUCUUUCAUGGCUGCGGGUGACUUAAAUUAUCCAUCAAGUGUUCUUGAUGAUCCAUCGCGCAACCCGUGUCAAGCCAUUCUGAUUGGAGAGUUUACCAUCUUUCAUGGCUGUGGGUGACUUAUAUUAUCCGUCGAGCGUUCUUAAUGAUCCGUCGCGCAACCCGUGUCAAGCUAUUCUGAUAGCACUCCCCUCCACUUCCCUCUCAAGGAAUUUAGCCGCCAGUGGAACUUUGUGCAUGUAACAAGUUCGCCAGCUUAUUCGCAAAGCAACGGAAAGGUAGAAGCAGCUGUUAGCUCCGCUAAAAAUGUUAUGAGUAAGUCAAGAAAAGUCAGAACAGAUCCAUACCUCGCUCUCCUCGAAUACAGAAACACGCCUAGUCAGGGAUUGGGCACCAGUCCGGUGCAGCGGUUGAUGUCAAGGCGCACAAGAGCACAACUACCCAUCAUUCCUAAGCUUCUCAGUCUAGCUUUCCAGCCCAAGAUCUAUCAGAAGCUUCUCGUCAAGAAAGAACGACAAGUCCUUGCUUCCAAUAGGGGGGCUAAGGAUCUGGGAGCACUCAGUGGUGGAGAUACAGUGCAACUCGUGCCGCCUGAAAAUCCGAGUAAAGAAGCUGUGAAAGCAAAUGUUGAAAGGUGUGUUGGAACUCUGUCCUUCGAGGUGGCUACAAAGGAGGCCUGCCGGAGUUCAAGACCUGCUUUGGUGGCUGAAGGAGGCGUUGAGCAGUCGGAUUAACAGUCGACAUCCUUACCUGAACAAGCACAGACUGGUCAUGAGCUCUCCGCGCCGUGUAAGCGGACAACCGUACCCAGUGGUCGAGUGGAUGCGACCAAUGGGCAUGCGAUGGCAUCUCGGCAACCGGAGCCACUUGUUCAGCCUAGUGGGUUACCUGUGCAAGGCCCAACAACGCGAUCAGGCAGAGUUGUUAAGAAGCCAGCUUAUUUAAGGGAUUAUGUUACUGGGAUGUAACCAGCGUCGAAGCUUUCUACGUUCCACAAACUUUGAACUUUGUUUACCUUGUUUGUCUUUGUUUUAAUUUUUUUUUUUAUAAGGAAAAGGAUGUAACAAUAGGCAUUGUUUAGUUAUAGCCUCGUUUGAGUGUUAAACUAAAAAGGAAGGAUGUUUGUCAGAAUAAAGCAGUUGGUGUAGGACUUGAUGGGAGUUAUGAAACGAUUCCUUCAUGAUUAAACACGCAUUAACCUCCGCUUACGUCGAUAUUUGUUCUCCAAAUACAUCCGUCGAAAAGAAACAAAGUCAGCAGAAAAGACUCUGCUCCAAAGUUUUAUCUUUUCUUCUCUAUUUUUUUGCGCGAAAGAAAAACGAACACGUUUUGUAGACUCCAGUGAUAUUAAAAAGCCGGUCGCAGAUACACAUCCACCAUCAGAUCAACACCGGCUUUUUUUGCGGGCGGUUUCCUCUCUAUCUAAAAAUUAACGGAAGGGUUCGAAAAUAAAUAAAGCAUUUUCUGGCUUGCUUGUAUGUUGACUGACGAUGCUCUUGGCUGAGAUAUUGCCCUUAUAAUUUUACAUUUAGCCUGGAAGCUUCGCUUUUAGGCCAAUUAUUAAUUUUCCGGACAAUCUAUCAGCCGUGGACAUUGUUAGCUGACAUAUUACCUGCCCGAGAGGGUUUAUUUAAUAAACAUGUAUGCUUAAUCUUUGAGGUAGGAAUACUGCUUCUAUGAACACGCUUAAGCGGCCAACAUUUGCGUGCAGACGUGAUGAACACUCUUUGAAUCUAGUUAUGUAAAAAGUGUAUCAAAUGACACUGCCCUUACUAUUGUAUGAAUUAUUUUACUUUUAAUAAUACUAAAUAGGGCACUGGCGCGCUACGCGCAAGUUGCAGAGGGAUCUUCUUGUUAUCAUGGCUGUUCUGUUUAUAAUAAUUUUCAUUCACGUGAAUUAUCUUUAUUGUCUUUUUCCCCUUAUUUUUUUUAUAUGUUUUGAACAUUUUCAUAGAUAUUUUUGAUAUAUUUGUAAUCACAAGAUAUUUAGACUGAGAUGUGGAUCAGUGAAUAAAUAUUGUCAAGAUUAGAUAUUUAAAUUCAGAGAUCUUACUGAUGGCAGGAUAAUCUACUUUUAGGUGUCUGACAAGACUAGCCUAAGUUUUACCAUUAGUUAUUUUUGGAUAGUAAUACGUGAUCCUGUUGUUUCAAGAAUUUGGCUGUGAGACAAGAGGAUCUGAUAGGGGUGGGACCAGGACCUCUUAGAGGGGGGGGCCUUCCUUCCACCGAUUUUUAACCAUUAUAGGGUCCGUGAGUUGGGCCUGUGAUAUCCAAUACUGGAAUCGUUUCUCUGUCAGACACGAGACUAGAUAUUUAUAUUCAAGACUAAGCUUCUACUUGACGGUUUAGAACUAUGGGUGGUACUAAUGUGCUUUUACUUUGUUAUACUUUUUUCACCAUUAAGAGUAAGACCAGUAAAGCCUAAGAUUUUUGUCUUAAGGGCUUGUUUGUUAAUUGACCUACCCUCCAAACAGUUAAACCCUGUGGAGCAAGAGUGAAAGUACUUAAACUGCUAUCCUCGUCUUCAUAUUAUUUAUUAUGUUCCUUUUUUAUAUUUCAGCCGUAAGUGCCUACACUUCAGCUUUAAAGUCUUCAAUUAUGUACCAUACGGAGUUCCAACCCAAACUGAUUGCCUCUCGCACGAUCUCUAACGUGAAAACAGACCAAAUAUUCACUAAUCUUCUCAUACAACAUGGAAGAAAAGCCCUGAUCAGGAGUAACAAUGACAAGCCAUAUUCAAGAAGUGAAGAGCUUGAGUACUACGGAAAAGUUAGCGGUACCCCAGUCAAGCACUGUAGUGAAAUAUUUCUUGGCGUGAUUGAUGAUCAGGAGAGUACUAAUUCUAUUCUUGUCGUUGGAAAAGCAGGGAUUGGGAAAUCCCUGUUUUGCCAUAAGGUGAUUCGCGAUUGGGCCAACAACGAAUUAUUUCAAGCACGAGAAAACACCGAAAUCCCCAAUUUAAAGUUUGUGUAUUUGCUUACUUUCCGUCAAUUGAAUUUGCUUGAAAAUGACUGUGUGACUUUAAGAGAAAUCUUAAAUUGUUGUUCGGCUCUGGAUGACAAAUGUAACAUUGAUGACUCUACAUUUGAGUACAUUUUAAAGCAUCCCAAGGAAGUUAUGGUCAUCCUCGACGGCUAUGAUGAGUAUUCACAGCAAGACUACAUCGCUGGAAACUUAGAGGAACAGCAUCCCAAUAACGCUAGACGUAAAAUGCCGGUGGCCGCAUUAUGUUCAAAACUCAUUAAAGGGAAAAUCUUGAGAGGGGCUAUCGUCAUGAUUACCUCGCGACCAGAUGAAUCGGACAAGAUGGGAGGAAUCCGUUUUAAACGAUAUGUGGAAAUUGCAGGAUUUUCGUCGGAACAAGUCAAAGAAUACGUUGAGAAAUACUUCGAGAAAAACGAAAAUAUGAAGAACGCUGUUCUUAAACAUGUCAUGAACAAUGAGAACCUUGUGAGUUUUGCUCAUAUUCCUAUGCUCUGUUAUCUGUUGUGCUUUGAGAUGGAGUAUACCCUAACCGAAUCAGAAAAUCCUGAUGACCUUCCUGUCUCAACAACCGACGUUUACACCAAACUUAUUGAAAUAUUUGAACUUAAGCACUACGCCGAGUCAGAAUACAAACAGAAAGAAAUUCCUGAGCAAUUCAAGGCCCCUCCUGUCAUUAAGAACACUUUAGAUAAAUUAUCAAAGCUAGCGGCUAAACUGUUGGUUGAAAGAAAGCCAACUUUUGAUGAAAGGGAGAUGGAAGGCGAUUUUGAAGCGGAAGAAGUCAGCAAACUUAAAGGUAGUGGUCUUCUUUACUGUGGUCAGCCUUUCAGGACUGCACUGAUUACAACCACGAAGCACUUUAGCUUCACACAUCUAACCGUCCAAGAAUUCUUGGCUGCUCGUCGGUUUGUUAAGGAAAAUCGCGUUCCAGACAAAGAAUGCUCUGAAAUGGUUGUCCAAUUUUUGCUGGCGUGUUAUCAAGUGAGGGAAACGAAGAACUGA